CGAAUGAGGGGUCACGUGCCACGUCUGCUCAAGAUAACCCAAACUCCCACGUGGGAAAUUUCGAACCACACCCUCUCUCUCUCUCUCUCCGUCUCUAUCUCUCUCCGUAUUAUCCGUAUCAUCCUUUCCUCUGUUUGAAACCACCAGAUCCUCCAAUUUUCCAAACACCAAAAUUAAAAGAAAAUUCAGAUUUUUAUAUAAAUUUCCAGUUUCCAUGUUUCAAAAUUUCACUGAACCCGUCGCAGUCGCAGGGGAAAAAUCAUUACAAUAUUGAACGAAAAUGGAUUCAUUUGCAUUUUCUCUCCAACUGAACCAAACCCUCUCUCUCAAUUAAGUAAUCUAUUUUUCUUACCAUGAUGGCUCUGCUUCAGCUCAUUUCAACUCACAAACCCUCGUUAAAACCCAACACUAACCUUCCUCCUUUAAACCCUUCCUCCAAUUCUUCUACUCUCCAUUACCACAGUCGCCGCCGUAGGCGACAAACCAACUCUAUCAGAUGCUCCGCCUACGAAAAGCAUGACACCAACCAUCCUAAACCAGACGAUGUCGUUGAAUUGCCGCUCUUUCCUCUCCCGCUCGUCCUAUUCCCUGGCGCUAUCUUGCCCCUCCAGAUCUUCGAGUUCCGUUACCGCAUUAUGAUGCACACUCUCCUCCACACUGACCUGCGAUUCGGUGUCAUCUACUCCGACGCUGCCUCCGGCACUGCUGAAGUCGGAUGUGUAGGCGAGAUUGUUAAACACGAGCGCCUCGUCGACGACCGCUUCUUCCUCAUCUGCAAGGGCCAGGAGCGUUUCCGUAUUACCAAUCUUGUCCGCACAAAACCAUAUCUUGUGGCCGAGGUUAGUUGGCUGGAGGACCGGCCAUCUGGGGAUGAGGACGUCGAAACUUUGGCGACGGAAGUGGAGAACUAUAUGAAAGACGUGAUUCGAUUAUCGAAUCGGUUGAACGGGAAGCCCGAAAAGGAAGCUCAGGAUUUGCGAAGGAAUCUGUUUCCGACUCCGUUUUCGUUUUUCGUAGGGAGUACUUUUGAGGGCGCGCCAAGGGAGCAGCAGGCGUUGCUGGAAUUGGUGGAUUCGGCGGCGAGAUUGAAGAGAGAGAAGGAGACUUUGAGAAACACUCUUAACUACUUGACCGCAGCCUCCGCCGUUAAAGAUGUGUUUCCGUCUUCAUGAUAAGAAAAAAAAAAAAAGAAGAUCACACGUGGCAAUUGAAGUUCAGGAAGAGCAAAGAGGAUGCGGAAAAUAUAUUAAUUCAAAGUCAAGGAUAACAUUGUUCUCAAGAUUGAUUUGCCAUGAAAUUGUUUACUUGUUUGUCACAACUCUGUGUUGUCAAGCAAAAUGUGAAACAGGGUUCCAGAAUGAACAAGAUUGGUUAUUACAGAACUCAUUGUGUACGUUGACAAUUUUGCAGUUAUGGUAGGCUUUCUGGUUAUAUCACUCAUCGUACAAGUUAAACAAUAUGCUGUGAUCUUUUUUAAUCUGAUAAAAUCAUCCUUACUUUUCAAUGUUAA